ACAACGCGAACGGACAGCGGGAUUUACCCCAAUGUAGGAGUUUUAUUGAAAAAAGAUUAUACGCUCCGAUCGCGCAAUGAUUCCCAGCUGUUUUCUGGAUAUUUUAUUCUACUGAAUGGAUCGGAAUUGGAUAAUAUAGCAAAACGCACGGACUACACGCGCUCCAAUCUUCCUGGACUAUUCACACCUCACUUUGCUUUUGAGGAGGAUAUCUCCUGUGGCAACAUUUGCAGAAGUCAGGCGCUCAGUGACCAUGCCCGGGAUGAUGGUGUGGUUCAGCGGGGCAGCACUGCUCCUCCUGUCCGGGCUGAUGGCUCCGCUCGCUAUGGUGCUGGCUUUCGGCGAUGAGGUAGAGGAAAUGACCUGUGACCCGAUCCGGAUCAGCAUGUGCCAGGGUCUGGGUUACAACGUCACCAAGAUGCCCAAUCUGGUCGGCAACGUGCUGCAGUCGGACGCCGAGCUGCAGCUGACCACGUUCACUCCACUGAUACAGUACGGCUGCUCCAGUCAACUCAAGUUCUUCCUGUGCUCAGUCUAUGUGCCGAUGUGCACCGACAAGGUUCCCAUCCCCAUUGGUCCCUGUGGUAGCAUGUGUCUGUCCGUCAAGAGGAAGUGCCUCCCGGUGCUUCACGAGUUUGGCUUCAUAUGGCCUGAGGUGCUGAACUGCAGCCUCUUUCCACCGCAAAACGACCACAACCACAUGUGCAUGGAGGGCCCGGGGGACGAGGAACCUCCCUACCAGCCUUUUCGUAUUCCUCCCCACCCGGAGGAGUGUCAGGCACUGGGAUCUGCACCUGACCAGUAUACCUGGUUAAAACAGUCCGAAAGCUGUGCUCUUCAGUGUGGCUACGACAGCGGGCUGUACCGCCGAGGGGCCAAAGUCUUCACCGACGCCUGGAUGGCGGUGUGGGCCGUGCUGUGCUUCCUGUCGACCACUCUGACGGUCCUGACCUUCCUGUUGGAUUCACAGCGCUUCUCCUACCCUGAAAGGCCCAUCAUCUUCCUGUCUAUGUGCUGUAAUCUGUACAGUGUGGCCUACCUGGUACGCUUGACACUGGGAAGGGAGCGUGUUUCCUGCGACCUCGAUGCCACUGCAGUACCGAUUCUGGUACAAGAAGGGUUAAAGAGCACCGGCUGUGCCAUAGUCUUCCUUCUGCUCUACUUCUUUGGUAUGGCUUCCUCACUUUGGUGGGUAAUCCUGACCCUCACUUGGUUCUUGGCUGCUGGACUGAAGUGGGGCCAUGAGGCUAUUGAAAUGCACAGCUCCUACUUCCACAUAGCAGCCUGGGCCAUCCCCGCCGUUAAAACCAUCGUCAUCCUCAUAAUGCGACUGGUGGAUGCAGACGACCUAACUGGACUCUGUUAUGUUGGCAACCUGCAGCAGGAAGCGCUCACCGGCUUUGUGGUGGCUCCACUGGCCACAUACCUUCUAAUAGGCACUCUGUUCAUCUGCGCUGGCCUGGUGGCUCUUUUCAAGAUCCGCUCCAAUCUGCAGAAGGACGGCGCCAAAACAGACAAGCUGGAGCGUUUAAUGGUGAAGAUCGGAGUGUUUUCUGUUCUCUACACUGUUCCAGCAUCGACUGUCAUUGGCUGUUACCUCUACCAGCUCUCUCACUGGGGGGAGUUCAAGGCCAGCACCCGGGACUCAUACAUGGCAUCAGAGAUGCUUCGAAUCUUUAUGUCACUGCUUGUAGGCAUCACAUCAGGCAUGUGGAUCUGGUCAGCAAAAACCCUCCACACCUGGCAGCGGUGCACGGCCCGCCUCCUCAGAGACAGCAGGGCGAGCCGGGGGGGCAAGAGGGCACCGGGCGAGGGCUGGAUCAAACCGGGGAAAGGCAACGAGACAGUUGUGUGACAGAAAUAGAGGAAGGGGCAUAAAUGGACUUCUAUAUGCUUCUCUGUCAAUUGCAGAAACUGACUGUCAAUGAAGAGGACAGAGAAAAGAAAUGAGAGGGAGUAGCAGGAGCUUCUCAAGGAAAGGCAUUGGAUGUAAAAGGCAUCGAAAAAAAGCUUGCCGAGAGCAUGCCCCUUCCCUUCAAACUGCCUCUAACCGGUGUUAUGGAGAAGAAAAGUGGAGGAUUGAGUCGUAAAAGUAGCCUCUCUACCUCUGUUAGACUUGAUUCUCCCAGAGAGAUGAAUAAACCGGAAAAGGAAGGAGAAAGAGAGACGGAAAAGGCAGGAAAAUGCAAUCCAGACACAGCGAUAAGCUGCGUAGCAUCACGUCGACCUCUCUGCCUCUCUUUCCUCCCUGAGCAGAAGAGACUGAACCCGCUGGAGACAGUUUGCCUCAUCCAAUGUGUCUUUGGAGGGUCUUUUGAAGUUCUGAAUUUUACACUGGAGGGUCCUGGUGCAGACAUUGUACAGAUGAAAGUUGACGUUUCCUAAAAGCACCUGACAACUUGAGUUCCUGUAGGGCUUUUAGUUCCAUAUGGGAAAAUCAAAAAUCAAAUACCAGAACAACCGCAUCUAAAAUAUAACGAGAAAAUAUAAAGCAUGGCCUUCAACCUGUGAUUUGUUACAUUUUUGUAAAUUAUUACCGUUUCUACAAUAUAAAACAGCAGGGGAUUGUAUUGCUCAGAAUUCUUUGGGAAAGCAGCUUUGAGCUGUAUAUGCACUAUAACUUUAUACAAUAUGUGUCUAUGCGUGUCACAAGUGCAUUACCAGGGACGGCAGUGAUGUAAUAGCAAAUCAUCACCCAGCAUAUUAGCAUGCAGACUUUAACAGUUUGGUCAGGUUUUAUUGUGAAGGCUUCAGAAAAAUAACUUGUGUGGUUUUAUUCAAAAUCACUUUUCUUGCAAAUAUGUUUAACGGCAAGAGCAAACAGAGAAAAAUAAUCUCUUAUUUUUCUCUAACGUGUCUUAGGUUAAGUCUGUGGUAGCUAUAAAUACGUACCGCAAUGAAUACUGGGAGGACCCCAGAUCUGCCUUUUAUUUACCCAUUAAUAUGAAAGCCGUAAGGCUUCUGGGAAAUGUAGGCGUGUGUGUUUUACCUCAGUAAUCUACGAAAAUCACAGCUUACUUCCACUAAUAAGCGCUGUCUUUGUUGAAACCCUGUACUGCAUAUGCUCUUGAGUUACCACAAAAAGUGGGAAAUUAAAUGAUUCCCUCUGUCCUUGUUUCCAAACAUCGGACCCUAGACAAGCUGAAGAGUGAGAGGUUAUUAGACAAUCACUUGCCAAAAGAAACAUUAUGCAAUAACAAAGAGCUAUCACUGACACAUGCAUGUGCACAAAAACAUUUAUGCAGGUGAAUACACAGCAAUCAGUUUCCACAAAUCUCAACCGCCAUGGGCUAUUAUUACGAUCAUAAUGAUAAUACCUAUAUUGAGACAAUAUCUGCCUCAUUUUGUCUCUUUUCUUUCUGUCUGUUUUUUGUCCGUGUCUCUUUGGCCCGCUGCCUGCCUGUCUCUUUAACCUUGUCUAUUGCAUCAUGGCUCAUUUACCAGACAAUCAAGUCAUCCCUGGAAAUAAUGUUCUAAAUUAUAUUUCAAAUCUUCAUGGAUUACAGAGCCAUGACUUCUUGUUCAUUGUCUGUAGUGGUGCAUUUCCAUGAUAAUGGGCAUCUCCCAACAUUUGAACCUUGCAGUUCUUCUCUAUAAUUGCUUAUAGUGCCAAUUAAAGUAGUUGUUUCUGGUCUUACUGCUGGACCCACCAAAAAUGUGCAACUGCUCCAGUGCACUGUAUAUUUGCCUGACAAUCUAUCAAGCAAAGCUCUUGCGUUUCAGUGAGUCUUUGAAUGUAUAAUACUGAAUGUGGGCCAUGUGUCACAUUGAUUUCUACAUUUAAGUAGAGACAAGAAAAUGACUGGGCUGUUUAAAUGUAUAAGGGGUAAGAAUAAGUUGGUGUGUCAUUUGAAACCAGUUAGUGCCUCACAAAGUCCUGUCACAGGUAUUUUUAAGAUAAUGUUUAGAUUGGGACGGAAAAUACAGUGUGUAUUUCCAUGGUCCCAACAUAUGCUUACUGUAACAACACCCUUAUUGCAUUUAAACAUACUUUUGGAAAAUCGUAGAAACCUGAAAUACCAGUGUUACUCAAACCAUGAUACAUGGACACUCUUAUUACAUUUCCAAAGUCAAACAAACCUCACAGAGAAUUAAAAGAACCCCCGACCACCUCCCCUCUGAGCUAAUGCCGUUUCCCUCUGAAACUGCCUUAAUGUUCUGGCUCUCUACCCAAGUAUGACCAUGCUGAGCUUCAGGUGACAUUUCCAAACAAUCACUGUGCCUUGAAACAUACCGAGUGUGUGCCCAGCGUAAUGAAGAUUGAGAGCCACUGGUAAUACAGAUUUCUUACUGCUUUUCGGGACGCCCAGAAAUGUGUUAUUGUUAGGGAUCAGUUCACCAACAGUGAUGGUAGUCCUCAAAGGUCUAGACUGUUUCGUUUGUGUAGAAAUCUCAUUGUUGUGAUGAUGUCAUCAAUGUAUUAUUAAGAAAUUGCUAAUUUAUCCUUGUAAAAAAGUGACAAUUUUUGUUAAACUUAACUGUUACUUUACUGUUAUUUAAAACACUUUUGUAUCAGAAGAUGAUGAUGAAUAAAAACGUUUUGGUUUCCAAUAAUGUGGAUGACAUUUUAUGUGUUUUAAUGGAUACAAGAAAAUGGCUCUUCCAAUAGUUUUUCAGACUGACAAUU